UUAGAAUCCACCAGAUCAAGCUCUUAAUUCUGGAUUCUUGCACAUUUGUCCAAUUCAUGUUCAUUCCCUUGUCUAGUGCAUGUUCAGGGACCAAUUGAAUUAAUGUGCAAGAAAUCCAAAAUCAAGAGCUUAAUAUGGUGUAUUUUUUUAACAGAAGGUCUAAACUUCUCAAUCCUGAAACUCGAGGUCGUAAGGUGCAAUUAAUCCUUCUAACAUUAUCCAACAACGCUACUAGAAUUAAUUUACAACGUAAAAACUGAAUGAACAUAGUAUGAGCUAAGAGUUUGGACCAUGACUUUUGAUUGACGACAAGAAUGAACGAAUAGAGAAUGGUUUCCAAAGAGAUACAAUGUUUUGUACCUUUUUUUUUUUUUUUUUUUUUUCCUACGAUUUUCAUGUCCGUUCUUGCACGAAAAUAAAAGCAGACAAAAAUAAAUAAAUAAAUUGAAAAAUGACAAUAUAUAGGGGAAGUCUUUACAUAGGAAAUUGACAGACCAAGUUAUUAAACCAAACUGACUAUUAAUCUUUAUAUAAAACGCCUCUGCUUCUCUUUUCACUGUAAAACUAUUCACAUUUUCCUUGUUAAAGUUUUGCUUUGUAAUUCAUGGAAUAAAAUAUUUUAGUUAAAUUAAGCUGUGUCUUUAAAUUUGGCUGCAUUGCAUGCACAUAUACGUACGCCGUUGGAAAUAUGAUCAGGUGAGAAAUUAUGAUAUGGUAGAAAAAGUGUUCUAGGCAUUAUUAGGAAUUAUAUUUUCUUCUUUUUGACCAUGUGAAGAACACAAAUUUCAACUUUGUCUAGAGUCUAGAAACCCAAUAAAAUCUACAUCAUUAGGUAAAAAUAAAUUAUUAUAUAUGAAAGCUUCAAUUCAUGGUUCAUUAUUUGAACAGCUGCAUGCCCUUCAAAUUAUUAAGGGCUUCUAGUAGGUCUCAUUUUAUUAACUUUGAAUUAUAGAGAAUGACUAUUUAGUUUGAUGUUAAUGUUAUCAUAAUUAUUGAUAACCAGCUGGCUUUUUAUUUUAUAUAUUAUUAAUUUCAAUAAAUGUAGUUGAGAAUAGAAGCUCUAGUGCAUACUCAGACUCUGUCAUGAUAACAUGUUUAUUGAUAAUUAAUUUUAAAUUGUUUUAGUAAUUACAAGAUAAUUUACAGAGCGCAUAAGUUGAAAAUUCAUUAAUACCUUUAAUAUUUUUCUAGGAUAAAAAAUUUAUUUCUUUUCCAAAUCCUAAGGGCCUAAACGAAAGAGACCUUGCAACAAACUACUUCCAAUUACCAAGUCUGUCACUGUUUCAUUCUUUGAUUCCUUGUGUUCAGGUAAAGAAAAGUAAGCCUGAUACUCAAAACUCUUAUAUUCUCCACAACGUCGAGCAAUUCAAGACUAGGUAUAGUUUUCUCCCACUUUUUGUUUAGCUUUCUUUUUCCUUCCAAUUUUUAUUAAUUAAUGAAUUGUUUUUCCAGCAAAGGACUUUGACAAUUCCAAUCCCUUUAUAAACAUGAAUUCGGGUAAUAUAUAUAUAUAUAUAUAUAGCAGCAAAAACACACACAAGAAAAGCACAUUAUAGCUAUAGCUAAUAGUAAGAGAGAUCAAAAUGAGGCAAAGAUUCUUAGUCUAUAUGGUAGUAGUUGUAGUAUUUUUUGGAGUUGAUUUUCUUGGUUUUUGCAAUGGAGGGAAGUUGGUGAAAAACUUCUAUAAGGAAAGUUGUCCUAAUUCAGAGCAAAUCGUGAGAGACAUCACCUGGAAGCAUGUUGCAAGCAAAUCAUCUUUGCCUGCUAAGUUACUAAGAAUGCAUUUCCAUGAUUGUUUUGUGAGGGGUUGCGAUGCAUCAAUAUUGUUGGAUUCGACAGCAAGUAAAAAAAAGACAGAAAAAACAGCAAUUCCAAAUCUGUCUCUUGAUGGAUUCGAUGUCAUAGAGGAGAUCAAAUCCCAUCUAGAGGAAACAUGUCCUGGUGUAGUUUCUUGUGCUGAUAUCAUUGCUUUAGCUGCUAGAGAUUCUGUUUCUUUCCAAUCAAAGACAUCAUUGUGGAAAGUGCUGACUGGAAGAAGAGAUGGAAAAAUUUCUCUUGCCUCAGAGGUCCUGGCCAACAUCCCUUUUCCAACUUCCAACUUCGCCACCCUCAAAAAAGAUUUUGAAAAAAAGAGUCUCACAGUUCAUGAUCUUGUUGUUUUGUCAGGUGGACAUACAAUUGGUGUAGGGCAUUGCAAUUUGUUUAGCAAGAGACUGUACAAUUUCACAGGAAAUGGAGAUGCAGAUCCUUCUUUAGAUGCAGAAUAUGCUGCUUUCUUGAAAACCAAAUGCCUAAACCUCUCAGACAAUACAACCAUAGUUGAAGUGGACCGUGAUAGCUCACUUUCCUUUGAUAACCAUUACUUCAAACAGUUGAAGCUCAAUCAGGGUCUUUUCCAAUCUGAUGCUGCACUUCAGACUGACAAUGAAGCUGCCAACAUUGUUGAAGAUUUGGGAGCUAGCUCUGAUAAAUUUUUCACUGAGUUUGCUCAGUCAAUGAAGAGGAUGGGAGCUAUUGGAGUUCUUACAGGAAGUUCUGGAGAGAUUAGGAAGAAAUGUAAUGCGGUCAAUUCUUGAUCAUCUAAAUGGUUCAUUACUAUGUGCGCAAAAUUAGUUUUCAUGGCCCAAAAAAAAAAAAAAAAAAAAAAAAAAAAAAACUACUGAAAAAACAAGGAAAAAAUAAAAUGUUUUUUUAAGUGUGUAAAUUUCAUCUUCUUUAAUGUGUAUGAAUAUUAUAGUUUAAUAAUAAAUUUUGAAAUAGUUUUUAUGAA